CCGGGAAGCCGCCCCGCCCGCUCGCCCGGCGCUGCGCGAACAUGGCCGAAGCCGGCGAGGACGGCGGGGCCCGCGCCCUCCUGGCCCUGCGCUCGGCGCCCCGCAGCCCCGUCGCCCCCGCGCAGCCCCCACCGGCCGGCGCGCAGGGCUCCCCGGGGGCGACGGGGCCCGGGGCGCGGGCGGCCUCGGUGCGCAGGAGCCCAGCGCCCGCCCUGGCGCGCCUGGAGGGCCGCGAGUUCGAGUUCCUCAUGCGGCAGCCCAGCGUGACGAUCGGCCGCAACUCGUCGCAGGGCUCGGUGGAUCUGAGCAUGGGGCUGUCGAGCUUCAUCUCGCGGCGCCACCUGCAGCUCAGCUUCCAGGAGCCGCACUUCUACCUGCGCUGCCUCGGCAAGAACGGCGUGUUCGUGGACGGGGCCUUCCAGCGCCGCGGCGCCGCCCCGCUGCCGCUGCCCCGCCAGUGCACCCUCCGUUUCCCCAGCACCUCCAUCAAGAUCCAGUUCACAUCGCUGCUGCCGCAAGAGGCCCCUGCGUCGCCCCCACGGCCCCUCUACCCGCAGAUCUCGCCCCUCAAGAUCCACAUCCCCGAGCCCGAGCCGCGCAGCCUGGUCAGCCCCGUGCCCUCGCCCACAGGCACCAUCAGCGUCCCCAACUCCUGUCCAGCCAGCCCUCGGGGCGCCGGCUCUUCUGGGUACCGCUUCGUGCAGAACGUGACCUCCGACCUACAGCUGGCCGCGGAGUUUGCCGCCAAGGCGGCCUCGGAGCAACAGGCCGACACGUCCGGGGGGGACAGCCCCAAGGACGAGGCCAAGCCGCCCUACUCGUAUGCACAGCUCAUCGUGCAGGCCAUCUCCUCGGCCCAGGACCGGCAGCUCACGCUGAGUGGCAUCUACGCCCACAUCACCCGGCACUACCCCUACUACCGCACGGCCGACAAGGGCUGGCAGAACUCCAUCCGCCACAACCUGUCGCUGAACCGCUACUUCAUCAAGGUGCCGCGCUCGCAGGAAGAGCCGGGGAAGGGGUCUUUCUGGCGCGUCGACCCCGCGUCCGAGGCCAAGCUGGUGGAGCAGGCCUUCCGGAAGCGGCGGCAGCGCGGCGUCUCCUGCUUCCGCACCCCCUUUGGGCCCCUGUCGUCCAGAAGCGCCCCUGCCUCCCCCACCCACCCCGGCCUGAUGUCCCCACGGUCCAGUGGCCUGCAGACACCAGAGUGCCUGUCCCGGGAGGGCUCCCCGAUUCCGCACGACCCAGACUUCGGGGCUAAGCUUGCCUCCGUCCCCGAGUACCGCUACUCACAGAGUGCACCCGGCUCUCCGGUCAGUGCCCAGCCCGUGAUCGUGGCCGUGCCCCCACGCCCACCCAGCCUGGUGGCCAAGCCCGUGGCCUACAUGCCGGCAUCCAUCGUGACCGCACAGCCCCCCGGCCAUGCCAUCCACGUGGUGCAGCAGGCUCCGCCCGUCACCAUGCUACGAGUGGUCACCAGCUCUGCCAGCUCAGCCAAUGGUUACAUACUGGCCAGCCAGGCCCCUGCGGCCACCCACGAGGCCACGGGCACCGCUGUGCUGGACCUGGGCGGUGAGGCCAGAGGCCUGGAGGACAAGCCCAGCAUCGCCUUCACCACCAUCCCCGCCACCAGCCGCGUCAUCCAGACGGUGGCUGGCCAGAUGGCACCAGGCGUCCCGGGACACACAGUGACCAUCCUGCAGCCGGCCACCCCGGUCAGCCUGGGCCAGCACCAUCUCCCAGUCCGCGCCGUCACCCAGAAUGGGAAGCAUGCCAUUCCCACGAGCAGCCUCGCUGGCAGCGCCUAUGCCCUCACCAGCCCCCUGCAGCUCCUGGCGGCCCAGGCCAGCACGUCCACCCCCGUGGUGGUCACCCGUGUGUGUGAGGUGGGUCCCGAGGAGCCCAUGGCAGCAUCGGCAGCGGCCACCGGCACAGUCACGGCCCCCCCUGCCCCCUCACCCGGCGGUGUGCCCGCCCACGCCUCCCCAGCCCCCUCUCCAGGCGGUGGUGGCGGGGAGCCUGAGAUGAAGCGCUCCCGCAUGGAGGAGCCUGGCAGAGGCGGGGGGACCUCUCCAGCAGGGGUCAUCACAGCCGCUGGCCCGCAGGUCCCGGGCCCGGGAGAAUGACAAACCACGGCAGGGGACGGAGGGAUGCCACUCCCCCGGGGCCUCCCGAGGACAGAUGGACGGAUGGAUGCUGCAGGCACCACAGCUACCGGCCUGAGGCACAGACCCGCUCAGACGCUGAUUGUAGACUUCAGAAACCAUUGGCCUUGGUGCCCCAGGGUCCACAGAGACGGUCCUGGCCUCCCUGGGCCCCUGGGAUGGUGCCACCAUCCCUGCCCCAGGGGAGGCCAGCAGCCCUGUCCCUGACUAUCUCGUGGUGCCUUCGUCCUGCUGGGGGAGGGGGGAUGAUGGGGCGCUGUCUGCUCUGACUCCGCUCCCCACACACUAGUGUCUGUCCUGGGGUCCCACUUGGGAUGGCUCCCCUCGGGGCCAGCCACCGCCGUGUCUGUUAACUUCAAGAAGGAUCGACGGCUGGAUGCAGAGCCCAUGCCAGGGCAUCGGGGCUCCAGUCAGGCACACGUGCUGCCCCCAGACGGCUACCAAGCCCCACAGGGGCCCCUAGCCGUGGGCAGCCCAGCAUUCAUACCUGGCCUUUGGGGCUGGAGCCCUACUGCCCCCCCCCCCCUGCUGGCCGGCUGAUCUCGGGAGGGGCUCUCACCCAAGCCAGGACCCAUCUGCUCCUGGGGCGCAUUCUCAGGACCUGCUGAGUCUCUGUCUCUGUCUGCUGCCGAGGGCACGUCUCACCAGCAAGGCUCCUUCCUGCUGACCCACCGAAUGCACAGCGUCUCCUGGAGCCAGUGUCGUCUAGAAUGCCAUGUCGCCUGGAGCCUGUGCUACAGGGCCACCCAGUCCUGUCCGGGACCCAGGGUGCUCGAGGCAGGAGGUCCGUUCCUGGGGACUCAGAAUGGGACAGUGCCGGCAGCGUCCCUUCCUGUGACUUGUGGUCUGAGUGGUCGGGGACAAGGACAGUCAGACUCAGAGUAGCCCCCCACCUCCUGCAUCCUCCGCUGAGCCCUCCAGGGGCCCUGUGCUGGGGACCUUGCACAGCUGCUCUGACUCCCAGCGGUGGCCCUCAACUCUUCUGACCCAGGGAUCUGGGGAUCGAGACCCAGGGUGACUCUGUCUCUGGAGCCCCUGCCAUCCCCUCCAGCCGUCCAGGCAGCGGGAGUCUCUGUGGCUGAUUAGUGUGAUGAUAAGGUGUGCUGCCCAGCUCAGGCCAGAGAGCCCCAGGUGGCAGGAUGCCAGGCCUGUGUCCAGGGCUGACCCAGAUGGAGGAUGUGCCCACCAUGCUGUGCCCCAGAAGGCUGUGACGGGGGUGGGGGAGAUUCUCAGCCCUGCAGCUCCCUUGGAGCUGACACCCCUGGGGGCCCGCCUGCAGCCAGUGUCUCUUCUCUCAGAGGUCAGAGGUGCCCCAAUGCUGGGGGGCACGUUCCCACAGCCUGGUGCGUCACUCGGGGGUCUGCUGGCUGCUCUGCCUGCUUCCUUAGAACCGUGCCAGAGGGAGAGGGGUGAGGGUGGGUUUCUGAGUGCUGAUGGGUUUGGGGAGCCCCCACCCAGCCACAGGUCUGGGCUUCACUGGCUCUGCCCCUGGCUGAGCAAGGACCUUUCAGAGGGUGCCCCAUGGGGCCAGGGAGCUCUGGGGACCCAGGUCCUUGGGUGGCCAGGAGGACGCUUUCUACGUCCAGUGGGCGGCAGUGAGCGGAGGCGUGGUGCAGGGGGGCUGAGGUGCUUCCUCCAGACCCUGCCCUGCACGUCUGGGCAGAGGGACUUUGUCCACCCGUGUCCCUCAGCCAGGGCAGAGACGAUUGAAGACACAGCACUUAAUAACAACUUACCAAAAAGGGUGCACUGCUCUGCCAACCCCCCAGGAUUCAUCCCCACGGCCCCCCACACCUCCGUCCUACCUCUGUUGAGAAGCAAUAUUAUUUAACAAGAAUAAUAUAACUUAUUCAGACGUGCUGCUAAGGGACAGGAGCCCCCCCACACCCCGCUCAGGACCCAGCCCUCCCCACCUCACACCCCUGCCUUCAGGGCCGUUGCAUCCGACUUUCUCCACCCCCACGAGCUGCUGGUGUUGGGCUCUGCUGGGCAUAGUGGGCCUGGAGGCAGGGCUGCAUGGACGCUGGGGUCCGGGGGGCUGACCCAGGCCUGUCAGACCUGCUCCCAGCAGAGCAGAUGGGCCCUGGGGACCCUCCUGUCUGCGGCAUCAGCAGCCUGCCUACCCUGCAGGCCCUGAGGUGACAUGUCUUAGACCUGGGUGAGCAGGCUGCCCCACCUGGCGGGGGGGGGGGGGGGGGGUUUGGGCCUCACAGGGUCCCCUGGGUGGAGAAGAGACUGGCUGGCAGCACGGGCCCCCCCAACUGGGUGGUUGCUACCUCCCAGAGGGUCUGUGUCCUGGCGGAUGGGACUGGGGGUCAGGGCCCAAUUCAGAGGGAACGGCUCUUCCUGCAAGUUCACAGCCCUGAGGAGCUUGGCCAGGGGGCAGGUGCCUGUUGAGUCACUGCAAGCGGUGACGGGCCAGGGCCAGAACCAAGGGGGUUUGACGGCAGACGCAAGGCCAUCCCCCUUCCCCUUCUGGAAGGUUCUCUGCCCAGCACACCCCAUGGCGAGCAGCCGCCUUUGUUGACGUGAUUUUUCUGUGGAGCUUGUGUGGGUGGGUGUUGGUGCCCCGGCUCCACUCUUCUCGCUUCAGAAGCAGCAGCCGUGUCCCAGGUUGGGGGGCCUGGCCGGCUGGGGUCCUCCCGCCAGUGCCCCCCUAGUGGGACACAGUUUUUUUUUUUAAAUAAGGAGCCAUACUGGUUUUUUUGUUUUUUUUUUAAGUUUGAGAUCUGAAUGUGAUUUCUAAUUGUAUCAGACGUUAAUGUUUUAAAGCUAUAACAAAGUUUUAAGAGGGAUUUCUACUUUGUUUUUCAUGUAACUGAACCAUCUUUAUUAAAUUGUACGUGGCCAGGAAGCUCUCCUCCAGCAAAUGUUCCUGUAGAGGAAAUAAAGGAUGAGUCCG